CUCGAGGUAAGUCUGCAAACCGACGAUAUUUGCCUGGAAAUUUUAGUAUUAAUAAAUUAUAUCGAAUGUACAAUAAUGAACAGCCUGACGAAUUAUUAAAAUUAAAAAAAAAAACAUUUUUUCAAAAGAUUUUUACCACUGAAUAUAACAUUGGCUUUGGCACGCCGACCACAGAUGCCUGCUCUAAAUGUAUUGAACUUAAAGGUAAAGUUAAAAAUAAAACCAAUGCCCAAACGAAAAAUAAAUUCAUGACUGACAUGGCAUUUCAUAAAAUGCGAUAUAAAGCUUUUUUUAGAAAACUGCAAGAAAAGAGAGAGGAUCUUUUAACACUCAGUUUUUAUUGUCAAAAAAAUUUAGUUUUACCCAAAGUUCAAGAUCAGACGGCAUACUAUAGUCGACAAAUUUACAUUUACAAUAAUUUUUCCAUUGUGAAGGGAAGCUCAAAAGACGGUUUGUCUCCUGAAAAUGUAUUUUGUUAUACUUGGAUGGAGCACGAGCAUAAAAAGGGUGCUAAUGAAAUUGCUUCCGCGGUAUUUCAUCAAUUGUCGAUCCUCGAAUUAUUGGCAUCUGUUUCUACAAUAAGGUUGUGUGCUGAUGGAUGCGGUGGGCAAAAUCGUAACUCGAUUAUAAUCGGAAUGCUGCACUAUUUUUUAGCAAAAGUUGCACCUCCAAACAUUAAGGAAAUACAAGUUAUUUUUCCUAUUACUGGACACUCGUUCUUACCUGACCGCGUGUUUGCUUCUAUAGAAAAGAAAUUGCAGCAUUCUACUAUUUUUAGGCCUGGAACUGACUUAAAUAUUUAUGAUUGGAAGACUUUUGCAGAAACUUACUUUAAAAAAACUGGAUCCUGGCACUUUAAAUUUAAUGAAGCGAAACGUUUUAUCCUUACCAAAUCUGCACAGCAAAAUGUGUUGCUCCGUGGAGAAACAUCUUAUAAUAGCGAUAUAUCCACUGGAAAAUUAAUUGUAAAAAAAGGGAUAAAAAUUAAAUCUGCUACAUUGCCAGGUCAGAUACCUAUGGGAGUGGCACUUAAAGCAGUAAAGAUUCAAGAUGUUAAGAAUCUUCUGAAAAAACACUUUGGCGAAACCUGGACCACAAUGGAGGAAUGCUCUUUCUACCAAAAUGUGUUGGAAACCAUGACAGCAAUUCAUGAAGCAGAAGAUCUUGAACAAGAUGAGUUUUGUGAAGGACAUGAAAAUGAGCAACUUGCUGAUCGAGUGUAAAUUUGUCAAAAUAUUAUUAUGUUUCUUAAUAAUUUAGUUUUGUUUUUAUUUUUUGACAGAGUUUUGUUUUUAAUUUUUGUAAACACCUUUAAAUAAUAAAAAUAA